CGUCGGCGAGAUAGCUUUGAGCUUGGCUAUCAAUGAUAACAGAUAUUAUCAUUGACAACAGGCUGUGGGAAUAGUUGAUCGGCCACUGCCCUUGACAAACGAAAUAUUAUCAUUGAUAGUUAUCAUUGUUAGCCAAGGUCUUAACUAUCAGAUUGUAAUAAGAUUGAUCUUUAAUAACUGUUUAUUAUGAAGACUUAUUUUUUUGGAUUUUCAGUCUUAUCAGCUUUUUUAAUAACGUAUGGAUAUGAAGUGAACUUUCACCUGGAUGAAAAUAGAGAUGGGUGCCAAUGUUGGGCCAAUACCUGUGGAUGCUGUUUACGUAUAGUGGCACCAAAAAUCGGCUUGAAUGAUACAGCUUGUGUAAAUUUGACGUAUCUUCCUCAGGACUUAGGAAUAUCCUUCACUGUUACUAUAGAUAAGCUUACCAUUUAUAAUAAAAC